AUGAAGAAAGAGAGGAAUUUCUUUGUUAAUCGGAAGAAUACUGUCUUAGAGGAGAUUAAUGCUACCAUGAAGCAGUUUUGGGAGAUAGACAGCUCAGGAGCCAAAACCGAGAACCAUGGAAGUAGUCACAUGUCACUGGAGGACAAAGCAGUUUGCACAGUGAUACAGAAGGAGAUGGUGUAUAAGGACAACCGUUAUGAAGUUCCAUUGCCAUGGAGAGAAGGCAGACCUGAAUUGCCCGAUAAUAGUCAGAUGGCGGUGCAGAGACUUGCAAGCACGGAACGAAGAUUGCUACGUGAGCCAGAAGUUGCGAAGGCUUACACCGCUACCAUCAAGCAGUAUCUUGAGAAGAACUACGUACGCAAGGUUCCACCAGCUGAAGAGCAGCCACCGUCAAAGUGGUACUUACCGCAUUUCCCAGUUGUCAGGCCUGACAAGUCUACAACGAAAACCCGCAUCGUAUUUGACGCUUCUGCCAAGUUUGAAGGAGUAUCGUUAAAUGACACACUUCAUCAGGGUCCUAAGUUGCAGAAAGACCUAGUCGAUGUCUUACUACGAUUUAGAAAAGAGCCAGUUGCUCUCGUUGGAGAUAUUCAACAGAUGUACCUGCAACUAGAAGUUGAAGCCAAGGAUAGACCUUUCCAGCGGUUCCUAUGGAGAGAUCUAGACACAACCAGAGCCCCAGAAGAAUAUGAGUUCAACAGAGUGGUGUUUGGAAUCAAUUCGUCGCCGUUCCUCGCACAGUUCGUCGCCCAAGAGCAUGCCAAACGCCAUAGAUCAAUCUUCCCUUUAGCCUCGGACACCAUACUCAAGUCGACUUUCAUGGAUGACUCGAUGGAUUCUGUACUGAACGAUACAGAGGGUGUGAAGCUGUAUCAUGAGUUGGAUGAACUCUGGCAUAAGGCUGGGAUGUACUGCAGAAAAUGGCUGUCGAACUCCUUAACCGUGUUAGCUGAGAUUCCAGAAGAAGACAGGGCAGCUGAAAUAAGUUUAGACGAAGGGGAGCUUCCUUCCACGAAGACUCUUGGUGUUCUCUGGCAGGCGAAAGAAGAUCAGUUCAGCUUCACUGCCACAUCAGUCGAAGACAACUUCACCUUAACUAAGAGGACAUUCCUGCAAAAGUUGGCCAAAGUCUUUGACCCAAUGGGUUUCAUAUCGCCCUACAUCAUACGCGGAAAGAUACUUAUGCAAGAGAUUUGGACGACUGGAGUUGGAUGGGACGAUAGGAAUCUUGGAUGCCUUGAGCAGAAGGCACAGUGCUGGUUUGAUGAUCUUCGAGAUUUAGGACUCAUAAAGAUCCCGAGAUGCCUCAGACUGGAUUCAGCUGAGAAGCUGUUGAGCAUCAAAGUCCAUGCAUUCUCUGAUGCGUCGCAGGAUGCUUAUGGUGCUGUACUUUAUGAGAGAACAACCUACGAGGGAGGACUAAUCAUAUCACAUUUUAUAGUUUCGAAGACUAGAGUUGCCCCGUUGGCUGCAACCAGCAUUCCGAGACUUGAGCUGAUGGGAGCGACACUCGCCUUGCAUUUGACUAUGUCCGUAAUCGCAGCCUUGCAGCUACCAAUGCAGGACGUAACCUUUUGGAGCGAUAGUGCUAAUGUUCUGUGGUGGAUUAGGGGUAGGAGCAGACUGUUUAAACCGUUUGUCGCACACCGUAUCGGAGAGAUACAGGCUCAGACCUGCCCAGAUCAGUGGAAGCACGUGCCAACAAAGAUGAAUCCUGCUGACAUCUUAACAAGAGGAGCAAAAGUCAAGGAGUUAUCAGACAACACUCUUUGGUGGAACGGGCCGGAAUUCCUGCUGAAAGAUCAUUCUAAAUGGCCAGAACAGAACUUUGGAGAAGACAAGUCGCCAUCAAGUGAGCGGAAGAAAAGCUCAAAUGGAGUUUUUGUUACAUUGCAGAAGGAACCACAACCGCAAGAUAAGGAGAAAAACAAGCAAGAUGUUGAUGAAGGAGUUGCUCAAGACUGGCGUUUAAACCCAGAGCGCUUCUCUAGCUGGGUCAGAUUAACCAGAGUUUCUGCUUGGGUCCACCGUUUUGUAGAAAACUGCCAGCAGCCAGUAGGGCAAAGGAGACAUGGUGAACUCGAUGCAGAGGAGAUCCACGACGCCGAACAUCAGUUCAUAAGACAAGCCCAGCUGGAGACCUUUCCGGCCGAGUACAAGGCCCUACAGAAGAAUAAAGCUUUACCAGUUGCCAGUAGGAUUCUUGGACUACGGCCGAUGAUCGAUCAAGAUGGUAUCCUCAGGAGCAACGGCAGACGUGAGAAGGCUGAAUUCCUUGCCUAUGAUGUGCGUUACCCUGUGAUACUGCCACGAAAGAGUUGGGUGACAAUGCUGAUCAUAAGGUUUCAUCAUGAACAAGCUAACCAUGCAGCCGGAGUCAAUCACAUAUUAGCGUCAUUGUCUGCAAAGUAUUGGAUACCAGCAGGAAGAGAAGCUAUCCGAGAAUUCGAGAAGUCAUGCUACGAAUGCAGAAGAAGAAAAGCUAAAGCAGCAACACAACUGAUGGCGCCACUCCCAAGAGUUAGACUAAGGCUACCACUCCGAGCCUUUGCUCGAACAUCCGUGGAUUUCAGUGGCCUUUACUUGACGAAGCAGGGCCGUGGCAGGAUCCGAACCAAGCGCUACUUAUGCUUGUUUACUUGCUUACUGUCCAGAGCCGUACACCUCGAAAUGGCGUUUAGCCUUGACACGGACUCGUUCCUGCAUUGUUUCAACCGGAUGAUGAACCGAAGAGGAGUGCCGUUGGAGAUGUACUCGGAUAAUGGUACAAAUUUCGUCAGUGGAGAAAGGGAGCUGCGGGAAUUGGUCGAGCAGUUUGACGAAGACAUGAUUAAGGGACACGGAACAGUCAGAGGGAUCUAG